ACAUGCACUCUAGUGAUAGGAUGGUUUAUUCUCUAUUUUGAUUGGUUCGUAUAGUGGAAGCAGCUCGAUACAAUGUACUAGUACUCCAUUUUGUUCAUAUCUUCGCUCGUUCAAAUCAAAUUGUCCUUUUCUUAUCGCUUUGAUUUCCAUGCAAUUAAUUCUGUACUCAGUUGGUAUUGGUGCGUAGGUUGCUGUGUAACCCGCUGUACUCGUUAGCUAUGUCAAUACACUGAUUUUUAUUCAAAAUUAAAAAGUUUCUGACGUCUUCAACAAACUACUUAAACAGAAUUAGAAAAGCUUCAACGUGGUCGUGGUCAAAUCUAAGCCAUCACUUUGCUCACUACGAUCAAAGACCAAAACCAAUUUCGUUCUCGUGCACUGUUAACUUGGUUCCAUCAGUAAGCGAAAUCGUUGGUCACUGCGAUGCGUACAAGACAAGUAUUUCGCGCAUUUCUUUCGUUCGCGAUUGUCGUAGGUUUGAUUUGCAUCCUUUAUAUUAACUUCAGCCAAAACUUUCCAAAACAAAAAGAACAACUUGUGAAAGACAGCAUUGCCAUUUUAGAAAAAGGAAUAGAGAUAGUUGACGAUUUCAGAAAAAAACAUGAAACGAACGAAGAAAAGGUUAAAGGACUUGCAAUAUCUGGAGCAAGUGUGGAAAGUGCUGGUGGCAAAUUAGGUAUUGCAGAUACACGUGGUAAAGACGGUGUGGUCGAUACACGCGACAAAGACGGUGUGGUCGAUACACUCGGUAAAGAGGGUGUGGUCAAAACACGUGGUAAAGACGGUGUGGUCGAUACACGUGCAAAAGAGGGUGUGGUCGAUACACGUGGUAAAGAGGGUGUGGUCGAUACACGUGCCAAAAAGGGUAUGGUCGAUACACGUGACGAAGAGGGCGUGGUCGAUACGCGCAGUAAAGAGGGCAUGGCCGAUUCACGUGGCAAAGAGAGUGUGUUCGAUACCCUUGGGAAAGGUGUGAUGGACAAACAUGACAAAGAAGUUGUGGUCAAUACACAUCGGAAAGAGGGUACGGUCGAUACACGUAUGAAAGAGCAUGUGGUCAAUACACGUGCCAAAGAGGGUGUGGCAGAUACACGUGCCAAAGAGGAUGUGGCCGAUACAAGAAGGGAAGAAGGUGUGGUCAAUACGCAUGGCAAAAAGAGUGUGUUCGACACCGGUGACAAAGAGGACAAGGCAAACACUAACGGAGGAGCCAAUAUGACUAUACGAUCAGACGAGGUCCAAAAAGAAAAUCCAAAACCAAAACGACAAAGCUUGUUAAUGAUUGGACACGACAGAUCGGGCACAACUUUUAUAAACCGAAUGUUUAACGAGGACCCGAAUGUAUUCAAUGUGUACGAGCCACUCUGGAUAACCAAAGGCAUUGGUCCGCCUGAAAAGCAUCAAGAGGUCAUCAUAGAUGCAAUGAACGGCAUUCUCAACUGCAACUUUUCAGCCACGAAUAACGGAAUUACAUUUCUUGCAAAGAUCUCGCAAUGGAUUGCAGUUCGCUUAAAUAGUAAGGCAAUGAUGUCUCAUCCGUUUUGUAAAAUCAAGAAUGGAGAAAGAGUCUGUGAGAAUAUGCCACCUAAACUGGCCGACGAGGUUUGCGCUACCAGAUAUAAGUACAGCGUGACAAAAUUAGCCGUGACGAGGAUACCAAACGAGAAAAUAUCGUCUAUAUUAAGGCGUCUUCUAGAUGAAAACCCGCACACCCGUGUGUUGUACAUGUUGCGGGACCCACGCGGGACCAUCAAUUCACGCAUCAAUUUGAGAUGGAUGAAAGAAUACCCAGAUCCUGGGAUGCAAAAUGGCGUUAAAUCUGUCUGCGAAACCACUACCUACAACUUAAGAUACAUGCAAAUUCUGAUGAAGAAAAGCGAGUAUAGAGACAGAUGCAUGAUCAUAAGGUAUAAAGACAUCUCUGCUAACCCUCUUGCUAUCGCAAAAAAGAUUUACAAGUUCGCACGUUUUCAAAUUGAGCCAAGACUUACAGACUGGAUCAUGAACCACACGAAUCCAAGCAAGGAAAAACUAAAAUUAGAAUCUUAUAACCAUUAUUCUGUCGUUAGAAAUGCAACUGGGAAUGCUGACAAAUGGCGCAAAGAAGCACCGGUUGAGAGAGUACGUAUGAUAAACAACGUUUGUGCUCCACUUCUGAGACUGUUAGGAAUAUCAGACCAAGACUAAGGUCAGACGCGAAACUUCACUUGAGACGUACGCAAUGAAAACAAUGGAUAACAAGGCGGUCUUCUCGGUCUCUUGACCGAACAAUACUAUAAAUGUGUUUCAAUAAGCUCAAUGUCAAAUCAUGUAUGCAUACGACUCAAACAAAGAAUCUUAUUAUCAAGAGAGUGACCGUGGCCUACUGAAAUAAGCAAAACAUUACGCCCUGUGUGGAUUAGGUCCAUUGUUUGCUUUUGUUCUAAAAAUAUUUCACAUUUCGUUCUGCCAUAUCCAAAAUAAGAAUACAAGGGAACCAUGGUUAUAUGGCUUAAUUUUAUGAUACCCAAUAACCAAGAUAAGGAUACAAGGAAACCAUGGUUAUAUGGCUUCAUUUUAUGAUACCCAAUAACCAAGAUAAGGAUACAAGGGAACCAUGGUUUCAGAAUAAGUAGAAAAACAGUCAAAAUUAUGCUAUUUGGGCCACACUUUGUUCCCAAGGGACAAAAAAGUACCAAUAAAACACAUAUAAAUCA